AUGGUCACCAACCAAAAUGUGAUCACUGCCGCUACGCCGGACAUCUCGAAGAGGGAGAGAUUCGGCCUCUUGUUCGGAUACCCGAUUGCUCACUCGUAUUCACCAUUGAUGCACCAGACUGUGUACGACAACAUUGGAUACAAUUGGCAGCAGUUCUUGUUCGAGUCAACGGACAUGUCACAAUUUCUCGAAAUCAGGCAACAUCCGCAAUUUUAUGGUGCAUCUGUCACAAUGCCUCACAAAGUCGCAAUAAUGGCGCAUCUCGACGAACUGACAGACGAGGGCAGAGACGUCGGUGCAUGCAACACCCUCUUCCUUAAACAAGAUGGCGACAAACGAAUCUACGUGGGCACAAACACCGACGUGAUCGGAGUCCGAGACGCCUUCCUCCAGAACGUCCCCAGCAAUGUCUUCGAAGGGAAGCCAGCCAUGGUUGUCGGUGGAGGUGGUGCUGCCCGCAGUGCCGUCUACGCGUUGAAGAAAUUCAUGAAGGCAACGACCGUCUACCUGGUGAACAGAGACAAGGCCGAAGUCGACGCUGUAGUCUCAUGGUGCAAAGACCAUGGUUACGGAGACGAGUUGAUCCAUGUCGCAACAGCCGAAGAAGCACAAAAGGCUGAGAGCGUCAGUGCAAUCGUCGCAUGCGUGCCCGACUUUGCUCCUUCGACUGCCGCCGAGAUCGAGGCACGCAAAGUUCUCGAAACCUUCCUUAGCAAGUCAAAGGGCGCAAUGUUGGAGAUGUGCUAUCACCCGAAGCCUUGGACACAAAUCGCACAGCUGUCAGAAGACGCAGGGUGGAAGGUUAUUCUAGGCACUGAAGCCAUGAUUUAUCAAGGAUUUGCACAGGACACAUGCUGGACGGGAAGGACUCUGGCGGACCUACCUGUCAAGGAGGUGAAAGCUGCCAUUGCAGAACAGUUGUCAAAGACGCUUCAUUAG